AAUGUGUCAGCCGGGUUCCGAAAUUCUAAAAGUGUAAAAGUGGUGUACACAUUUUCUUCCUCAUAUCUCCCCCUUGGAUGAUUUCUCUUCUUUUUUUUUCUUCUUUUUGUUCCACACAGAAGCAAAGACCCUAACCCCUUUUGCUGUGCUCUCGUGGGCCACAGACGACAUUCCUUGUUGAAAAUUAAUUUGAUGGCUUCCCCUUAAAAUUUUGACAGUUUGUCGUGGCAGAAUAAAAAUCAAUAUAAAAUUGCACAUAUUGCACAACUUUGAGGGGAAAUUGUAUCUGCAUUUGCUGUCCAACGAGAUAUUUCCUUGUCACCCUGUACCCUCUUGCAUUUUCCCUUUUUUUCCCUCGUAUUUUGCGUUUGCGCAUUUGAUUGACAUGCAGGUGGCGCUGCUAUCCUUUUUGUCAAACAACAAAAAAGAGAAAAGGAAGAAGACUAAAAAAAAAAGAACAAAAAAAAAAGGGAAAACGAGAAUAAGAAACUAUCUCAGAGCAAAAGCAAUUUUCUUAUUUUACAUUCUGCAUCUCAGUGAAGAGUAUUUUGUUCUUUCUAUUUGACUUUUUUCGUUUUUCUCUCUGGAUUUUUGUUUUUUGGCUUGUGUGUGCAUUUUGGCAGUGAAGAGGGACGACUUUUUGUUGCUCUCUCUCUCUCUCUCUGUGGACGAAUUUGCCUACAUUUCGGCAAUUAUCUCUCGUGAAGUGAAAAAAAGGGCGCCAAAUGAGGGCCCCUUGAAGUGCUCUAUCGCCCAGAAAUUGUUCGUGAUUCGAGGUUUUUCUUUGAGUUUUUUGUUUCGUUUUUUUUUGUGUGUGUGUCCUGACAUUCUGGAUUUACUGCAGAUGGGCUGGAAUGAGAGGUAGCGCUUCCAGAGGGCGUUCCCUGCGGCCCAGCAAUGUGGCCCCCAAUUAAUGCACUAUGAAGAAGCAAAAUGUUCGCACGAUUUCGCUUAUCGUGUGCACUUUCACCUACUUGCUGGUUGGUGCCGCUGUCUUUGAUGCCCUAGAAUCAGAAACGGAAAAGAAACGCUGGGACGCACUUCAGGCGGUCGAACGAAUGGUUAUCCGUCGAUACAAUAUCACAGAGGAGGAUUUUAAGGUGAUGGAAACAGUUGUACUGAAGUCUGAACCCCACAAAGCUGGUCAACAAUGGAAAUUCACAGGAGCCUUUUACUAUGCCACAACGGUCCUUACCACAAUUGGCUAUGGUCACAGUACACCAACAACAAUUGGCGGAAAAUUAUUUACAAUGUGCUAUGCAAUUGUUGGUAUACCAUUGGGUUUGGUAAUGUUCCAGAGCAUUGGUGAACGUGUUAAUAGGCUGAGUAGUUUUGUCAUACGCACCGUUAAGACAUCACUUCACUGCCAGCAUACAGCAGCAUCGGAAGUUGAUUUAAUUUGCGUUGUGACCACCCUCAGUUCACUCACAAUUGCCGGUGGAGCAGCGGCAUUUUCAAAAUUUGAGGGAUGGAGCUAUUUUGACUCAGUAUACUACUGCUUCAUCACACUCACAACUAUUGGAUUUGGUGACAUGGUGGCCCUACAGAAGGACAAUGCGCUCAAUCGUAAGCCAGAAUAUGUAAUGUUUGCCCUGAUCUUCAUCCUUUUCGGUCUGGCCAUUGUGGCUGCAUCGCUCAAUUUGCUGGUACUGCGAUUUGUCACCAUGAAUACAGAAGAUGAACGUCGGGAUGAGGCACAGGCCAUGCAGGCUCUCCAGGUGGCCGUUCGCCUGGAGGGUGAUGUCAUAACGGCCAAUGGAUCCAUCCUCAGUGGACAUUUAGGACACGAUGUAGCUUCAGCUGAAGUUGAUACAGCAUCUGUCUGCAGUUGUCACUGUGCCUGCUUCCGGGCGACACGUCACAAAAGAUAUGAGCAUCGAUUCAAGGUACGUCGAUCACCAAGUCGCAUCAGGCAUCUCCUGCAACCAACGGUGCUUCCACUGAAGGAAUUUGUCUGUGACCAACCAUCAACAUUCACACUCUACCAGAACCAAACUUCCACAACACUCCUCCAACCGCCCUUCCAAGGCAAUGAACUGCCACCAGUCUACCAGCCACAUCAACGCGCCAGCGUCUGAGCCAAAAAAAAAAAUAAAAUAAAAUAAAAAAUAAAUUUUAAAAUUAAUUUAACAAAUUUAAAAAAAAAUCCCUAUCGCCAACGGAUAGCAUCUUAAAAUUAAAUAAAUAAUUCGAAAAUAA